AUUUCUGGGAAGCGGUGCUCAUGGUAACCAACGUAAACAUCGUCCAACCUCCUCCUUCUCCUCGUCUUACCCGUUUGCUUCGCAGUAGCGCCGAAUUGACGAAAAUGGCAAGCAUGGCUCGAAGCGAAGACCCGUAUUAUGAAAAGAUUACAUCAAUUCAACAAAGCAUGCAUAAAAGGGAGAAACGGAGGCUGGAGCUGGAGAGGGAGCUGUUUGCUUACUCCAGAUCUGACAAAAGAAUCUCACAGAUAAAGUGUUCCAAACUGCACAGUUAUCUCAAGGAAAUCUGUGGCAGGGAAGCACGAGCGAAAAUGAGAAACCUUGAGCUGCUGAGAGAUGUGGAGUGCAUAGAAAUUGGCAUGAAGGAAUAUAAUCCUGACCAUGGCCCCCUGCAACAACAAAAGGCAGAGUUUUCCAAAAAGAUUUCAAAAUUUAUGGAAACAAGGAAAAAAAUGGAGCAAGAGCUUGGUGCAACAAAGGUUGAAGUUGUGCACAGGCAGCACCAGGACAGUUCCCUUUCCCACACAGCCAAGGACUUUAUACAACCAUCAGCAGGCCCUCAGACCUCCAGAAGGUCUGAUGCUGAUGCUGGCACCACAAGUGUACACUCAGACCAAGCAUUGCAUCAUUCACCCAAUCGCAGCAUGCACUCCCGUGAGCAUCUACCAAGUGGCCUUUUGAAGGACUUCAGAGUUGGCGGAGAGGAUGCCGCCAGCAACCGAGCACAUUUAUCAGAUGACAUUUCAGGCUCAAACGAUUCCCCUGACGGCUGUAAUUUGAGUGACAAACAUGAAAGAACAAUGGCGAUGCUGCCAUCUGUUCGUGCCUUAACAGGCUCAGCUGGCAAUGUGCCUUUUAGAAGUUAUAAUGAACAAGAACUGUCACCUUUGGUGACCUUGACGAGGCCUGAGAAAGAUCUGUCUCCCAGCAGCAGUGAUAGCAUGAAGGCUAAGAAUUCCCCUGCAGAAAACACUGGCUCACAUGAGGUGAUUCAUCAGCAACCUAUAAUGGAAGAUGGACAGAGUGGUCUUAGCCGUUUGAUGCCUCAAACCACUUGCGGAAAAGAAGCUCAAGAUACACCAGAUAGAUGUGGGAGUGUCAGCACGCUAAGCUCUGAUGUGCAGCUGUCGCAAAGCAGUGCUAGUAUCCUGUCCAUAUCGCUUACACAAUCUGAGCUGGAAGAGGAUCUACCAGACAGUAUGGCACCUGAGAGGAGUGCCACUUCUAGAGGUAGUGAUGAUCACAAUCAGCGCAGUCCUGAAACAUCCCCCCAUUCUAAUGGGUCCAAGAACACACCACAGUUAAACUGUGAAUCCUCAGCUCCUGUGGUGACCUUGGAAAGUCUCAGCCAAGAAGGACUCUUUUAUCUGCUAGACAGCAUUGAAGGACGACUCUAUUGUGAACAUACUAGCCUGUAUGGGGAUUCUUCAGUUGAUGGAAGACAACUCAAUAGAAUUGUCAGCCUUUGUAACAGUGGAGCGGACGUGAAUGGCGAGGACCUUGAAGCAUGUGGAGCAGUCAUCCUUCAUGAGCUUCAGAGGUUGUCAUGGAGCACAGCAACGGGCUGCCUGCUACCACAGGAUCUUGUAAAUGCUUACCAAUCCAGCACUGAGCCUAAUGAAAUAAGCGAAAGCCUCCCUCCUGAUGCCGCUCGGCUGUGGGAUCGCUGGUUCAAGCACGCCCUCCUGCUCAAGGAGCGCCGUGUCCUCAGUACUGAACACUUGGUCCAGCUGUUCACACCGCUGCUUCUGGAGCGCCAUGCCACCUACAGCCACCAGGCCAAAGUGCUGCUGAGGACACUUGUGUCCCGGUCCAGUGAGGAGUGCCCCUCAGCAGAGGACGAGAGUGACUUGUCUUCUUCAUUUGGUCCUCCUUCUCUCCUGGCUGACGGUGAUAUGAAGCCUGCCAGGCCGGUACAGAAGCGUCGCAUCCAAGAACUACAAAGUACUGAAGAGGACAGCCAGGACGAAAGCCCUGUGGAAAGUGUUCCUAUUAGAGAGACCAAAGCAUAUCAGUUACUUAAACAAUCAGCCAUGCAGGAAAGGCUGCAGUGUUCUGAAGAGGAUGAGGAGGAUGACGAUGACCUCUCAGGAAUAAAUCAUGGCCAUGAGGAGGACCUGGGGAGGGCCAAAUGCUCCUCACAUCAAGACCCUUACCCUCGGAAAGAGAACAGCAACUCAAAGCUUUACUCUGCUCUGCAGUCAAAAGCUCUCUGGGAUGAAUCAGACGACAGCAAUUCAGACAUUGAAGCAGCCUUAUGUCCUCAACCUUUCAACACAAAUAUUGAUGACAUUGAUGACUUCUGUGACUGAUAUUUCCCUACAGAUAUUCUUUUCUAAUCACACUACAUUAUAUCACAGGAAAAUCUGAGGCAGUUUGGCUUACAGUAAUUCACCCCCUGACCAUUAUUUUAGUGGUCUGCGUUUUAAAUCAUAUGCACACUGUAUCGUAAAAACAAAUAAUAAAGUUGACAGCUCUCA